AUGCUUCAUUUUGUAUUAGUUCUAAUUGCAAUCGCUGGUUCAUUUAGCGAUGGAGCCAAUACGAAUCAAUGCACACCUAUUUCAACACAAAAGGAUACAUCAACAAUUUUGCUUCAAAUUCGUCAAGAAAUGAAAAAGGAAGGUAUCGGUUUGUAUGUUAUAUUUCCCGAUGACGAACAUGGAAGUGAAUAUACACAACCCUAUGAUAAACGUCGUGAUUGGUUGACAGGAUUUCGUGGUUCAGCAGGAACAGCAGUCGUUUCUGAGCGGGCAGCAGCACUAUGGACAGAUAGUCGAUAUUUUACUCAAGCCGAAGAACAACUUGACUGUGCCAAUUGGCUUCUAAUGAGAGAUAGAAAUUCGGGUGUACCCACUAUUAUUGAUUGGAUAGUUUCAGAACUAAAUCAAACGGCAUGGCAACCAGGUACCACAGCGGCUUUCACAAGCACAUCAUGGUGGACAUCAACCAAUAGUGCACUGAAAAUCAUAGGAAAGGAGCUUCGUUCCGUUGAUGAUCUAGUUAGUCGUAUUUGGCCAAGCAAUGAACGACCAAAACAAUUACAGGGACCAAUUGUUACUCAUGAUAUUGAAUAUGCAGGAGAAACAGUUGCUCAAAAAUUGAAUCGUACGACAGUUGAAAUGAAACGACUUGGUGCAACAACAGCUGUUAUUAGUGCACUUGAUGAAACUGCAUGGCUAUUCAAUUUACGUGGUAGCGAUAUUCCAUUUAAUCCAUUUUUUAAAUCAUAUGCCAUAAUACAUGCCGACUAUCAAGUUAAUCAACCUGAAUUAUUUGUCAAUUUGGCACAACUCAGUGCUAGUCAAUAUCCUCCAGGAGUUAAUGUAUUCGAUUAUUCUACAUUUUGGUCACGAUUAAAUCAAACCGGUACCAAUGUGGGUAUUAAUAGAAUUAUGGCAAAUACUAAAGUAUCACAAGCUAUAUUAAAUUUGAUACCUGCAAAGAAACUAUUACUACCAUUAUCAAAUUCACCCGUGCAACGUAUAAAAGCAAGAAAAAAUGCAAAAGAACGAAAAGGUAUGCAAGAUUGUCAAUUACGUGAUGCUGUUGCACGUAUGAAACAUCUCGGAUGGCUUGAAAAACAAUUAAAUGAAGGCAAAUCUAUUAAUGAAACUCAGUCAUCUGAUCAAUUAGUUGUUUAUCAAAAACAACAGGAUAGAUUUCAAUUUCCAAGUUUUAGGGCUAUUACAGCAUCAGGUGAUCGAGCAGCUGUAGUUCAUUAUUCUGCAGCACCAGAAACUGCUCAGCUUAUUACUAAAAAUAAAGUUUAUUUACUCGAUGCUGGUAGUCAAUAUCUUGAUUGCACAACAGAUAUAACACGAACACAUCAUUUUGGUGUACCAAAAGAUUUAGAAAAACGUGCUUAUACACGUGUAUUACAAGGUGUCAUCGACAUUGCAGAAGCUGUUUUCCCUACUGGAAUGUAUGGUCGAUCACUUGAUCAUCUCGGUCGUAUGAGUUUGUACAGAGAUGGCAUGACAUUUGGACAUGGAGUAGGCCAUGGUAUUGGUCAUUUUUUGAGUGUACACGAAGGUCCUCAACGAAUUGCAUCUCCCUAUAGUGCAUUGGAAGAACCACUAGCUGAUGGAGUAUUCCUUUCCGAUGAACCUGGCUUUUAUAAGCCCGGCGAUUUUGGUAUUCGUAUAGAAAAUGAUAUGGAAGUUGUGUUAGCAAACAAGAGUUCAUAUGAGAAUAGACAAUAUCUACGUUUUAAUACAAUUACACUUCUACCAUACGAACGUUCGUUGAUUGAUGCUUCGUUACUAACAAAUGCACAGUUAAAUACUAUCAAUCAAUAUCAUGCAAAGGUGCGAGACAUCUUGGAACCUUUACUUCAAGGCGAUGAAGCAGCUUUAAAUGCACUUCGCACUCGUACGGCAAGCAUAGACUCUAUACCAACAAUACCGAGCUUAGCAUAUAUCAGUAUUGGCGGCUCGUCAUCUCUAAUAACAUUCAUUUUGUUUUUGAGAAUUUUAUUUUAA